AUGGAACAGCCCCCGAGCUCGUCGCAAGAGGCGCUCCUCCGCCUCGAGAAAGGCAGCGACGCUCCGACCACGCAACUACACAAUGCAGCGCAAAUUCUCGGUGUCGACCUGAAACUGUGUGAGAGCCACCCAGAGACGCAUCGGAUCGCCCAGGCACAAGGCAAGGCCGCGCCGAAGGAGGAGUGGGUGCUCCGAUGGUUGUUGAAGAAACUCAGGAAUGGAAAGAACUUCCGCGUCGACCCCAACUCGUUCCUUCUUCUGCGACAGGUCAUUGAUCGUGUCUCGGCUAGGAACCUGGCCACGAUCCUCAAAGACCAAAGAUUCCUCUCCGUACUCUGUGAUACAGUGGCGGACCUGGAAGCAGAUAUCUCGGUAACGUCUGGCGGCGGCGUUCCCAUUUCGAGUCCUGAGUCGGACUCAAGCCAAACUUUGGCCAGCUCUCCACCUGCGAAUGACGGUCGGGGAUCUCAUGGGACAAAGCGCAAGAGAAACGAGGGGAAUGAUACCGAUGCCAUGGACCUUGACGAACAGCCGCAGAACCCCGCAUCCUGCUUUCUCACGUUCAUUCGUGCGCUGGACUGCCUCUACGGUAUUGUGACGUUGACUCAGCUCACACUGACUUCCGACGAAAAUGCCCAUUCGCUCCUGAAGCUGGCGUUGAGAGGCGAACCGGAGGUCGUUGCACGGCUGCUGGGCCAGUCGUUCCAGCUGUCAGCCGUGGCUAUCACGCAAUUUUCUCACGCUCGAAAGACGACGGAUCUUCAGCACAUGCUGUAUGUGCUCCCGGCAAUGCUUGAAAUGUGGGAGCUGAGGUCGUAUGGCCAAGACGAUAAGGAUCAUAAAGCAAGCAACGAUUGCUUUGCGCAGUCCUGCUUCGCCUAUGCGCUCAGACUUCAGCUCUGCCUACGUUCCAUCAAACUGGAUACCGAUGAGAGGGCUCACCUUCUUCACUCCAUUGAGCGCAUUCUUGCUGUACACGUACUACUGCCGGCUCGGGCGGCCUUUUAUGCCCGAGGUGGCACCGGAAUCGAUUAUUCCAAGGAGUCCAACCCGAACUGGAACUGUGUGCAACCAGUGACCGAUACUUUCAGGCCGAUCAUUCGGGAGCUCUCUAUGACCCCCCAAGCUGAGAGCAACGGCAACCAUGAAUCUGCCUGCGCUGCAUGGAAGUCUAUCGAGUUGCUCCCCGAACUCUUCGAUAAUGCCGUUCGUGCAGUCCCUAGAUAUGACUUCCGAAGGCAAACAGUCGAAGUUCCAUGGUUGGAGACCUUGUUUGUGUCUGUUGCAGAGCUGGCCUAUGACGCAACAAAAGAUGAUGAGCCCGAAUGCUACUCAUCUCGUUUCGUUUCAGUGUUGGAACAGCUUCUUCGUGUAGCUCUGGACCGAGACGUUGGCCUCACCCUUCACACCAUCCUUACGCAUACUCGCUACACGGGUCUUUUCCACAAAGGCCUGAAAGGAGUCGAGUGGGAUGUCACCGCUCUAAUGAUCAGCUUGGGGGUAGAUGUCUUCAUGCCCAACUCUGGAUUGCGUGACUCCCGAAUGCUUCUGGAUGCGUUGCUUGACAAGAUCAUGCUUCAAUGGCGCGAAAAUGACUCGAAGAAGGACGAAUACAAACUUGUCAAGAACAAUAUUGUUAUUCCGCUUCUCCGCGGUUUUGCAACCGCAAGAGAUCUUCCCACCUUCAUGGAAGUGUGGCACAAUCAGUUGAUCAUCCUGGAAGAGGCUCGUUCCCGAAAUGCGGAUUUGCCAUACUUUUCCGUAUGGGAAGACGAUGACCUGUGUGACACCUAUAGUGAUUUGAUGAAGACUUCGCCUACUGCCUCAAAUGUUGCGGCCCAGAUGCAUACCGCUGCCGAGACCAUCAGAGACUCUAAUGGGAAGGUCUCCGAAUCGUCCCAAUCGUACGCAAAAUUUGUCAUAAUGGAAGCCAGCUUCAGAGAGAAGGCUCUGGAUUUUCCUGAAUCGGAAACUGUGCUGUCUAGCUUCCUUGAGUUCCUGCGUGCCACCCUUUCCUCGAAGCAGGUCCUUCACUGGCGAUGGAGACUGUGGCGAUUCCUGCUCAAUGUUUUUCAAAACAAACUGGAAUCCGCCGAUAGUCCAUUCGCCCAAGCAACUAAUUCUCUAGUCGAAAUUGCGUCAAAGGUCAUCCAGCGCAAUCAUAAAAAGCACAAGGACAUCCCUCUCGCUCAUCUGGAGUCUUGGGAGGCAUACCGUUUUGUUUUGGCGGCUAUCAAGGACAAGCCAACCAAAGAGCAACUGGAAACAUUUGCUGUUAUCUCCGAUAAAGUAACGGACUUUGUGGUCUCGAUCUCGCCUGAUGAUGCUCAGAAAUCGAUGAAAGCGCCGUGGAAUGGCCGAGUGGAAACCUUAAGAUCUUCAGCAAAUCUGGCGUUUGCCUACAUUCUCGCCAACCAGAGAGCUCCACAAAUCUGGAAGCAGAUCAAGGCUGAGACACGCUCACGUCUCUUCGAGCAUCUCCUCUCGCUGGCCGCAGCUCAAUAUCGUCCUUCCCAGCUGCCUCUAGAAGCAACUUCCGAUGAUGCGCGAUUCCUUCAAAUGUGGGCUAGUAUGGUCUGUCACGAGUAUCUGCUGGGUGUCCAAGUCAUCGUGCCCGACUUGGCACUUCUCUUGAACAAGAGCAUCGAGAAUGAGUCUCCGAACCGCCGUCUCUGCAUGGAGAGUUUGCAGCGAAUCCCUGCAUCCUCCAUCACCCGAGGCCUACGAACCGUGCUCUUGGACAAGUUGCACAAUGUGAUUCUUCAGCAGGACAGUUCCCCUGAGGUGACAGUCGGACUCCUGACAAUGAUGGCAAAGCUGGCAGCUAUGCCCAAAAGCGAUGCUGCGGUAACCGGGGACUGGGAGCCCAUCUGGACCGCAGCCCGAGCAAUUACUUUGGAGGGCACUGAACUCGAUCUUCAGAUCAUGAAGUCCUUCCGACGCUUGCAUCGCGCGAUAAUCUCCAAGCUUUUGGUGCUGUCCGAGGAUGAACGGGUCAAGUCGUUCAAGACACUAUUUGCUAGAGUCUCCAAGCAGUCCUCCAAGUUGCGUCAAAUUGACCGUGAUUCCAUGGCGUGCUUCCUCCUUCGUCUUUCUUUGUCGGAACUCUGGGUGCAUCGCAGCAAGCUACACAAGGCUUAUUCUGAAGAUGAACUGGCCUCCUGCCGUCAACGGGUGUUUGGCUUGGUAUUGGCGGAAAUGAAAUCCGUCAAGGAUCAAUGCAGGAAGCAAAAACUGGAGGAGACUAUCACCCUGAUCAAGACGAUCGAUGCCCUCGAAGACUUUGAGGACAUGGCACAGAACAAUAUCGAGGUCGAGAAGUUCUUGACGAAGAUUGAACAUUACAUGGAGAUGUCGGUGGACUCGGGCCCUUCUCGAUUGAUCCGCCGACGCCUCCUUGCAACCAAGGGGCCAGAGAAGAGCAUUACAGAACCGGUGCUUCGCGCUGCCGAGACUCUGACCCUCCGGUCGCUCUAUGCCGAGGAUCAGCAGCUCUUUAUCCGCGCCACUACCGAGCGCUUCCGUUCUAUGCCCGCCGAGCUUAGUGGCAAGAUUAUUCAGGAACUAUGCGUGUCCGGUCUGAGAGAAGAGAAUUCUGGAUACCGACUACUCGUUGUGUACCUCGCUGUCGCAAGUAUUUCUGGCGUGGAAGAUAAGGAGAAUGCCGUGGCUCGUGAACUGUCUUCGCUCUCUACAACUUUGGCUGAAACCAUCGUGCAAUGCACUUCGGUCGAGCAGUUCUGCUUCGCAACAGAAUGUCUGACCUUACUCCUCCGAGUUCACUCCCGCUGCCUUUCCCAAUCAAAUAUCGAUUCCAUCCUGGCCUCCAUCACGGCCGCAGCCUCUUCCGACGGCCCACAUAUCUCGCCUAAAUACGCCCCUACAAUUUUCUCCCGUCUGUGCCGCCUGCUGGGCACUGUUCUGGGUCUUCAGCGUAUCAAGAUCGGUGGCCGCUUCCACCUGGUGAACAAUGCCAUGGGUCGGCUGUUGGGCUGUCUAUUCGCGCGGUCUCGCAAGCGCCCCCGCUCCGCUCGUGUUAAGUCGAGUAUCUCACAGCCUUUCUGGCUGGCUCAGCUCGAUGUUUUCCAUGCUACGCAUUUCACUCGCCUUCUUACCACACUGUGUGACCCGACCUUGUCCGCCGUCCUUCGCGUUCAGCCUGGUUCCUCACGCGAGGCUCUUACCGAUGAAACUAAGAAGGUAAAGAGCAUCGCGGGUCAAUAUCUCAAGUACAUUGUUAUGAAGUACGCGCAAAACUCUCUGCAAGGCGCCCUGGUUCCAAAUAUCAAGGAUGCGCUUAUGCCUGGUUUCUACGCUGUGCUCGACGUGAUGUCGAAGGAGACUUUGCGCUCCCUGAAUUCCCAGCUGGAUGUCUCGGCCCGAGCUGUGUUCAAAUCGCUCUAUGACGACUAUGUCAAGUUCGGCAAGUGGAACAUGGCUUGA